AGGUUUAGAUGACAAAGAAGAAGAUCACAGAUAUAAAAACAGCUUCUGUGCUAACGGCGAAUUUGUAUAGUGUUUAAAACCCAUGUAUCAUCACUAGUUUAAACCUCGUUUUCAAAAGAUGCAGAUGUGGUAGAGUGGCUAAAACCCACCAGCACAUGCUUACUGAUCUAUAACUUCCUACUGAUUUAAAAAAAAACAUUUGAUAAACCACUAAACUCCACAGAAAUUGCGUGUAAAUUAAUCAGUUAAAUUGAGGUACUUGAGUAAGAUUAACACUGAGAUGGGUCCUGCAGUUUCUUUCUUCUGUACCCUCCCGUCUUUGAAAAUUUUGAGUUUAAUAAAUAUAUAAAAUAUCUAGUCUAUCUGCAACUUGCGAGGUUGAACCAAAUGAGUGGCUAAAAAAUAUUUGAAUGCAAAACAAAAUUUUAAUUAUUAUUGACAAGUUGUAAUACUAACCACUAAAAUAAUACUAGAAAGAUACUAAAAUAAUUACUUUUAAGAAACCAUGUUUUAGUGGUCAAAUGGUCAGUGACUCUAAUACUUUUAUUAUCCAAUCAAAUGCGCCCUAUCAAAACUUCAUAGUACAAGCAUUUUAGCAAGUAUUUAUUUUCCAAAAAUAUAUAUAAAAAAAUCACACUUCACUUCAGUCGACAAACUAUUGCUUUUCUCUCUUUCUAAUAAUAUCGUUUUUUCAGUGUUUUUAUUUAAUUUUCCUUUAUGGUCGACUUUUCAAGGCAGACAACAAGUUGCUCAACUAGUUCAAGUGGUGGCAUCUAUUUAGUAUAAAUAGGAACUAAAAUUCAAAACUAACCAAUUCACAAGAAAAGUAAAUGGACUCUCAGACAAUUCAACCGACACUAUGGGAAUGUGUUCAAUCUUCUCAGUCUCUAAGUGACAACCAAACUCCUCAACAGAAUCGUAUCCGUUGGUCUCAGUCUCCAGAUUCUCACACUUUCUCUGUUGAUCUUCCUGGUUUGAGGAAAGAAGAUAUAAAAGUGGAGAUCGAAGAUUCAAUAUACUUAAUCAUACGAACGAAAACGACAGAGAUAUCGCCGGUUAGAAGUUUAAAGAGGAAAUUCCGGUUACCGGAAUCGAUAGAUAUGAUCGGAAUAACAGCUAAUUAUGAAGACGGUGUGUUGACUGUGAUUGUACCAAAGAGGGUUUUGCGAAGGAGAAGUUUCUUCAUUGAUCCUUCUGAUGUUCCCCAAAGUCUUCACGUUCUUGCCAGAGCUGCUUAAAACAAGCUUUGUUUUUCCUUUUAAUCUUUGCUUUUCAAAGUCUGUUUUUUACUAGUAUACUCUUUUUAUUGCUACUUAACCGUUAUGUGCAGUUUUAUAUAUCAAUAAAAAUCCUAAGUUUGUUACAUGUAAUACAUAGAAUACAUAUAUUGGUUUAAUGUUAUUAGACUCGGUCUAUCUUUCAUUUUGA